AAGUUCACGGCAUCAGAAAAUGGGUUCAAGCCGGCAGAGGAAGAAGGUAUCGAUUGUUGCUGCGAAAAGAGAUGCUUCCGACUGGGAUUUCGGGGGAAGGCUGGUGGACGAGAGUAUGAUAGUACUGAGAAGAAGGAUUCAUGAGAUGAAGAUGGUGGAGAGGAAUUAUGAGCCUCCAAAGGAUUGGAUGGAGUGGGAGAAGAAGUACUACACCAACUAUGAUGCCACCAUUUGUAAUGGAGUUGGGGUGUUGCAGUCCUUCUUGAUGAACACCAGACCUAGCUUGGCUCUUGGGAUGCUGGCACUCGUUGCAUUGAGUGUUCCCACUUCAAUGGUCUUGGUCAUCUUACAAUUGAUGAAUGAGAUUCAUCUCAUCAUCAACUGAUACAUCCAUUUCUCU